AUCGCUUGGGUAGGUUUCCAGGGAAGGCAGCGAACAGGAUCCCCUAUUUCGAGGGCGGCGCGAGGCGUCUGGCUCUUCGCGUCGGCUGCGAGGGGAAAAGGAGCGCGGGGGCUGGGUGGAAUCGAGGAGUGAGGAAAAAGGGAAGGGGCGGGGGAGAGGGACCAGGGAAGGCGUCGGGGGAAUCUCGCGAGGGUUGGAGUUUUGGCGAGAGUUUGUGGAAGAUGGCGCCUGUUGUGACAGGUCAUUGAAAUUAUGAGACUAUCAUUCAAAUGGAAGCCUUGUAGUUCUUCGGAACCAUUAUGAUCUCAAAAGGAAAAGAGAAUGAUACAGAUACACUGGCUGAGGUGUUUUGAGGUGCAUCGGAGUGUCCCAGGCUGUGACUUACCUUAACAUGUUCUUGAAGCGCCAUGGCGUGGAUUAAAAGAAAAUUUGGUGAGCGGCCUCCACCCAAACGACUCACGAGGGAAGCUAUGCGGAACUAUUUAAAAGAGCGAGGGGAUCAAACGGUCCUUAUUCUUCACGCAAAAGUUGCACAGAAGUCAUACGGAAAUGAAAAACGGUUUUUUUGCCCACCUCCUUGUGUGUAUCUUAUGGGCAGUGGAUGGAAGAAAAAAAAAGAACAAAUGGAACGAGAUGGUUGUUCUGAACAAGAGUCUCAACCAUGUGCAUUUAUUGGAAUAGGAAAUAGUGAUCAAGAAAUGCAGCAGCUGAACUUAGAAGGAAAGAACUAUUGCACAGCCAAAACAUUGUACAUAUCCGACUCUGACAAGAGAAAGCAUUUCAUGUUGUCUGUAAAGAUGUUCUAUGGCAACAGUGAUGACAUUGGUGUGUUCCUCAGCAAGCGGAUAAAAGUCAUCUCCAAACCUUCCAAAAAGAAGCAGUCAUUGAAAAAUGCUGACUUGUGCAUUGCCUCAGGAACAAAGGUGGCUCUGUUUAAUCGACUUCGAUCUCAGACUGUUAGUACCAGAUACUUGCAUGUAGAAGGAGGUAAUUUUCAUGCCAGUUCUCAGCAGUGGGGCGCAUUUUACAUUCAUCUCUUGGAUGAUGAUGAAUCAGAAGGGGAAGAAUUCACGGUUCGGGACGGCUACAUCCACUAUGGACAAACGGUCAAACUCGUGUGUUCAGUUACCGGCAUGGCGCUCCCGAGACUGAUAAUUAGAAAAGUUGACAAGCAGACCGCGUUACUGGACGCAGAUGACCCCGUGUCACAGCUCCACAAAUGUGCAUUUUACCUUAAGGAUACAGAAAGAAUGUACUUGUGCCUUUCUCAAGAAAGAAUAAUCCAGUUUCAGGCCACUCCAUGCCCAAAAGAACCAAAUAAAGAGAUGAUAAAUGAUGGAGCUUCCUGGACAAUCAUUAGUACGGAUAAGGCAGAGUAUACUUUUUACGAGGGGAUGGGCCCUGUCCUGGCCCCUGUCACACCUGUGCCUGUCGUAGAGAGUCUUCAGUUGAAUGGCGGUGGGGACGUCGCAAUGCUUGAACUUACAGGACAGAAUUUCACUCCAAAUUUACGAGUGUGGUUUGGGGAUGUAGAAGCGGAAACUAUGUACAGAUGUGGAGAGAGCAUGCUCUGUGUCGUCCCAGACAUUUCUGCAUUCCGAGAAGGUUGGAGAUGGGUCCGGCAGCCAGUCCAGGUUCCAGUAACUUUGGUCCGAAAUGAUGGAAUCAUUUAUUCCACCAGCCUUACCUUUACCUACACACCAGAACCGGGGCCUCGGCCACAUUGCAGUGCAGCAGGAGCAAUCCUUCGAGCCAACUCAAGCCAAGUGCCCCCUAAUGAAUCAAACACAAACAGCGAGGGAAGUUACACAAGCGUCAGCACAAAUUCAACCAGUGUCACGUCAUCCACAGCAACAGUGGUAUCCUAACUACCGUCUUGUUGCCAGGACUUAAACUGACUCUAGUGUGGCAAAAUGUUGACAAAGAGAGAGAGAGAAAAGUGAACAAUCUUUUGUGGUUUCUUGGGAAAACUUUUCAUACCAGGUGAUACUAUUCAAAAGCCCCAUUACCUGCAAGUGCUGAUUUGAAGUGCAGAAGCCACAGUAAAACAAACAGAAAAAACAUCAAAAUGUACAAACUAUUGGAAAUCGAUUUUUUUCAGCUGUUAUUUUUGGUUGGUUUUUGUUUGUUUUUGUUUAAAUGGGCAAGAAGUAGAGAUGUGGCUGGAGUAAAAGUUAAUGGAACUAGAAGACACAAAUCUAACAUAGUUUUUAUGGACCAAGGAACUUGUAUAAGCUUUAGUAAAGGUACAUUUUCACCAUGCCUUUUUUAUCCCGCCAUGUGUAGUACACCUUUGUUACCAAAUAGGUUCUUGUCCCUGCCCUCUGAGCUUUUGCUCGCAAGUGCAUUCAGGCUGCAAGCCUGAUCGUGCUUGCUGAGUCUCCUUACCAUACUCUUCCAGGUUUUUAUGGUCUAAGGCUGGAACUGUUCUUUUUUUUUUUUUUUUAAAGCUUAAAUCUUAUGACUCUUCAUGAGUUGAAAUUGUUUUGAUUUCAGCAAGUCAGAUCUUGUAAAGGCCUACAUACUUUUUUUAAGAUUAUAUGAAGUCUGUGCAAAAGCUUUAAGAAAUGCCUCUGCCUUGCCUGCAAUACAUGCAACGUACGUGAACUAGUCUCCAUUCUCAGACAUUUGGCAAUUUUUCUGUGUUUUCUUUAAAAAAAAAAAAAGUAUUUAUAGCGGUUAUCCAAGUGGUUCUAACAUUUACAUGGAAUUAAAUGUAGCCAUUUGGUCAUAAUGCGUUAGUGGCAUAGAACAUGUUGAAGUGUUCUCUCCCCUACCCCAUCGUACAUGUGUCGCCAUGUUUCAGGAUGUGUUCAGGUUCCCCUCCCUCCUGAUCUUGUACAUAACUUGUAUUAUGUGUAAGUUAAACAUUUUAUUUUGAACUUGUAAUGUUCCCAGUGAUUUCAUUCAGUAGGGUGUUUUCUGCCUUCUUGGCACAUAAUAAAAAAUCAUAGAAGUGUUUGCUACCAGGUGGUAGAUGGUGCCCUUAUUGUAUGAGGAAAAUCUCAGCAAAAGCAUGUUUUUAUUUACUUUUUUUUUGGUAGCCUAGUCCAAGAUGUCAUUGUAACCUUAAAACAAGAUGCUCUUAUUAGAUGGUGAACUAAAAUAGCUGGAAGGCAGUACUUUAGAAACAGAUAGUUGUGAGAUUAUAAAAAUGCAAGUGUAACUUAUCUUUCUGUUUCUCUCUCUGCUUUUUUUUUUUUUUUUUCCCUUUGGUCUUUCCCAGAGCUGAGCGUCUCCACAAAUGUCUCCUACUCAGAAAACAGAAAACAUUUCUUUACCCUUCACUUAAGAUUUGGUUGCAUUGGGGCUGUGCUGGCCUUGCGGGCUAAGCUCACCGUUUCACAUUGCUUCCACUUCUGUACUUUGGUCAUGCCUCUGUUCAGUUCCUUAGAAAUUGCAGCAGACUUGUUGGACUACAUUUAGUACAGGAACCAUGUGUGCAAUGUUGUAGGACACAGCCUGGUAACACAAUCAUCCUUCUUAGAGUAAAAACUACCUCUAGACUGUGGUAAGCUUUUUACUGUCCCAUAAAACAGGAGCCAAAGUACCUUAUGAACGCAAAACUGUAAGUUCAGUAUUUCCAUACAGAACAUUGUCUUUCUGGUGUCCUGGGCUAUUUUGAAAAAGUUUCCAUCAGUAGAUUUUUUCAACAUCGCUAGUAGCAUUUUUUUUUCCAGCUUUGCUAUCGUCACUUAUUCUUUUGCUCAGACUAUGUCAUUGUAAAUACGAUUCCUAACAUCUUUAAAUCACUUUUCCUCAGUUUUCAAGGGGAAGUCAUUUAUUUGUAAAGCACGUAAGUGGUUAAAUCAGAGUUACUGUGGUUUUCUCUUUCUGCAAGCCUUUUUAAUUACCGCAGGCUGUAUUAGACUAUAUAUAGCCUUCUCUCCAGAUCUGCUCUAGUCACUAGCUUCUCUCUUGUAAGCUAAUCCCGCCUCACUCUUUAAAUCGUGUCAGUGAUCAAGGGCAGAAUUCAGUGUGGCCUUAUUAUCUCUCUUUGUUUUCACUGUUUACUGGCUUUUUCUUACAGACUUGCUUAUUUCUGAGUAGUAUUUAUUCCCUCUGUUGAGUCAUGCCAGCAGCCUUUACACAGGGCUUUCUGUUCAGUGUACAGAUAUUUUCAGUCCUGCUUUGUUUUUAAUGGUUCACAAGUUUCUCCACUUCGCAGGUUUGGUAUUUGGUUACAAAGUUACAUUAAAUUAACUGAUAUCAGAUGAGCUACUUCUGAAGAACAAACUAUUUUCCCCCCAGCUUUGCAGCUCAAAAUAAUUCUUCAAGUUUAUUAAAAUUAACUUUCGCUUUUCUGUUAUUUAAGUAUAUCUUAUUUCUGCUGUUUCUUUUAAUAAGAUAUUUGAAAUAUUAGCCUAUAAACUCUUCCUGUUUGUUUUUCUGAAAGUCCAAGAAUAUACUUACAUAGGCAUUUCCCCUGCUAUAUUUUGUCAUUCUGCACACCACAAACUAAAGACUGAAAUGAUUUGUCUGUUGUAGUUACUGUUAAAGCAGUUCUUUUGUCAGCUGCUUAAAAAAAUCUUUUUCAUGGAUUUGUAAAUCAUUCUAGUGUUUAAUUUAUAGGAGCCUUGCCCUCUCUUUGUAGCAGAAGGUUGGUCUCCCUCCCCCACGGUGGCUUUGUUAGAGAUGCCAGUCAUUUUCCAUCGUGAAGACUCUUAGAAUGGCAACCACUUCAGUUAAAGGAUAGUAUGUUUGAGUUCUUGAUUUUUAAAUUCUGUUUUAGAAGUGUAUUUUAUGCUCUCAUGAUUCUAUGCAGUUUCUAAAAAUAUGCAUAGAAGCUGAGUCUCAUCCAGUAUGUUUUAUUAGUUCCAUUGAAUUGAUCACACAUUGGGAAGGCAAGCUAAAGGCUUUAAAUGGAAAAUGAAAAUGGCCCUUUGAUUUUGAAUGACUUCAGAAUUGAACACUAGUGUAAUAUUUAACCUGCUGCUGACUUUCCUUAAACUGUGGCAACUGAAGGCAUCUUCAUAUUUAUAUUAAUUAGUGAACUGUUUGUCUCUCUUACUGCACAGACUUAUUUGCGAUCAUAACUGGUUAGUUUUUUUAUUUUUCUAAUGAAACUGGUACUAUCUGUGCCCUCACAAAAAAUUCCCAAUGCAGUUUUUGAAAACUAAACUAAUUAGUCAUGUUUAACCAGAUAAUCCAUGGGGGAGGGAGGUUCCCUUUUGAAACAAAAUGCUACUCAAUCAUUAACCAAGUUACUUACUUUUGAUUUUGAAAGCAGCUGUUUCUGAGGAGUACUGAACAAAUGUGUGUACUUUUCUGUGCCAGACUUUUGACUUUGUUUCAAGCACUGUAAUGUGGGUUGGAUGGUUAGAAACAAUAAUAUAUUAGGGUUUCUAUUUAACCCUUUCAGGACUGAACUGUAUCCCCUUCAUUAAUUUUCCCUGUGUUGUGAUAAAUGUUUGCCAGCAUUCAGUACUGUGUUGGUCCAAAUGUAGGUUAAUAUGCUCAUUUUUAGCUUAUUUCUUGUACCUUGCAGCAUGCUCUACACAUUCAGUCCUUAAGGGGUUUAUUUUACAAACUGUGCGCCUGUAAGGUUUGUUAGCAAUAAGAUAGAAAAUUGAGCAAGUUUAUACCAUAAUUUUGUAGAAAAAAAGAAUCUGCUCAGUUCAAUAUUUCAUUCAUGAGAAACCUGCAAUACGGGCAGUUUCAAGGAAUAAAUAAAAAGGAAAUGUAAACCAUUGUAAAAGUC